AUGAGAGAAAACCUCAUUGACAUGGGAUCAUCCAACAUCGGCUCGGAUCUUCCGAGGGACGAAUCCGUAAAAUGCAUUCUCGAGCGUAUAGAAGUCGACACCAUGGCAAACGACUCGGACGGGAAAACAGGCCCACGCAUUGGAAGGCUCGAAUCGGGCGUGGACCGAGGCCUCAGAAGCCUCCGUUUUCUCGACCGAACCACAACCGGAAAAGAGGAGGACUCGUGGAGAGCCAUAGAGAAGCGUUUUCAUCAGCUUUCGGUUGAAGGCAGGCUGUUCAAGGACAAAUUCGGAGUCUGCAUUGGGUUGGGGGAUAGUAAGGAGUUUGCAGAGGAGCUUUACGACGCGCUGGCGAGGCGGAGGAACGUGAGCACGGAAAACGGGAUAACCGUGAACGAUGUUCGGGAGUUUUGGGAGGAUAUGACAAAUCAGGACCUAGACACAAGGCUUCAUAUUUUCUUUGACAUGUGUGACAAAAAUGGUGAUGGUAGGCUAUCAGAGGAUGAGGUUAAAGAGGUUCUGGUAAUGAGCGCCUCGGCGAACAAGCUCUCGAAUUUCAAGCAGCAAGCCGCCACUUAUGCUUCGUUAAUCAUGGAGGAGCUCGACCCGGACCACCAAGGAUAUAUCGAGAUGUGGCAACUAGAAGCUCUAUUGAGAGGAAUGGUCGGUUCCGAGCAAGGAAAAAUGAAAGCUACCCGAAAAACCGAGACACUAGCGAAGACUAUGAUUCCCAAGGAAUACCGAACGCCCGUCAGCAAAUUCGUGUCCAAAAAUACCGAGCGAUUCUUCGAAAACUGGAUGAAGAUAUGGGUCUUGUGCCUUUGGUCCUUCAUAAACAUAUCCCUCUUCAUCUGGAAAUUCAAUCAGUACAAAAAACGAGCCGCGUUUCGAGUCAUGGGCUACUGCCUCUGCUCGGCAAAAGCCUCGGCCGAGACCGUCAAAUUCAACAUGGCACUCAUUCUCCUGCCCGUCUGCAGAAGGACGCUGACGUGGCUCCGCGAGUCUUUUCUCGGGACUUUUAUACCCUUCGACGAGAACAUUAAUUUCCACAAAAUCAUUUCUGCUGGGAUUGUGUUGGGUACAUUGAUCCACGUCGUAAUGCACUGCACCUGCAACUUCGUGAGGCUCGUUUCGUGUCCCGAUAAUCAGUUUUACUCGAUUUUUGGGCCAGCGUUCGACUUUCAUCGGCCGAGUUAUUUAGAUCUCGCAGGGACCACGGUUGGGGUCACGGGGAUAGUGAUGCUCGUUUUGAUGGUUUUUUCGUUCACGCUUGCGACUCAUUCGUUUCGGAGGAAUGUGGUGAAGCUGAGGUGGCCAUUUUGCCACCUGGCGGGAUUUAACUCGUUCUGGUACGCUCACCAUUUGCUGGCUCUUGUUUAUGUGCUCUUGAUCGUUCAUGGUUACUUCAUAUUCAUCACCCGAGAAUGGUACAAGAAGACGACGUGGAUGUACGUGGCAGUGCCGAUGCUGGUCUAUACGAGCGAGAGAAUACUUACACUUUACGAUCACAACUAUAAAGUUGGGAUCAUCAAGGCUGUGAUCUAUACGGGUAAUGUGCUAGCACUGUACAUGAGUAGGCCUCCGGGAUUCAAAUACAAGAGUGGGAUGUACCUUUUCGUCAAGUGCCCGGAUAUAUCGAACUUCGAAUGGCACCCGUUUUCAAUCACGUCUGCACCGGACGAUGACUACCUUAGCGUACACAUACGAACACUCGGAGACUGGACAACUGAACUCAAGAACCGUUUUGCAACGGCAUGCGAACCUCGAUCGAUCAAACCGAGAAGAGGUAAUCUAGUGAGAAUGGAAACGAAGGCAUAUUCAGAAACUCAACAAGACUUCCCGCGAAUCGUGAUAAAGGGUCCGUACGGAGCUCCGGCACAAAACUACAAGAAGUUCGAUAUCCUUCUGCUCAUCGGUUUGGGUAUUGGAGCCACCCCUUUUAUUAGCAUUAUAAAGGAUAUAGUGAAUAACGAGUCGAGAUAUGUACUAACAGAUGAUGCCUCUGGAGGAGAUAAGAAAGGUCCCGAGCGAGCGUAUUUCUACUGGGUAACAAGAGAACAAGGAUCGUUCGACUGGUUCAAAGGCGUUAUGGACGACAUAGCAGAAUACGAUCACAAUCAUAUAAUAGAAAUGCACAACUAUUUGACGAGCAUGUACGAGGAAGGAGAUGCUCGGUCAGCGCUAAUAACAAUGGUUCAAUCGUUACAACACGCUAAAAAUGGAGUCGAUGUCGUAUCGGAAAGCAGGAUACGGACACAUUUUGCUCGGCCAAAUUGGAGGAAAGUAUUCACUCACUUAACUAGCGUGCAUCCUUCUACCCGAAUAGGCGUAUUCUACUGUGGGAGUCCUACGCUAACGAAGCCACUCAAGAAGCUCUGUCAGGAGUUCAGCUUGAAUUCGUCUACACGAUUUCAGUUUCACAAAGAGAACUUCUAA